AUGUUCGGUAUCGGCGGUCAACCUCAGCUAUCAUCCCAACAAAAAAUCAAUGCUGCUGAAGCAGAACUAGACUUGGUUACUGACAUGUUCAACAAGCUUGUCGACAACUGCUACAAGAAAUGCAUUGAAAGACAGUACAAUGAUGGAACUUUGAGCAAAGCUGAAUCCAACUGCCUAGAUAGGUGUGUUGCAAAGUACUUUGAGACUAAUGUCAAAGUUGGAGAAGAUAUGCAGAAGUUAGGUCAGAAUUUUGCUCCAGGUAAGUUGUGA